AUGGCGACCAAUACUGGAAGUGUGACUCCUAAUGAGUCUCAACAAUAUCUGUCUACCCGCGGUGGUGACUACGGCCUCUCUUUCGAGAACGUCGUGCUGAAGGGUCUUGCUGCGGAUGGAGGUCUAUUCUUGCCACAUGAGGUUCCUAGCGCAAGCGAUUGGCGGAGCUGGAAAGAUCUCACCUACCCAGAACUAGCCCUCAAGAUCUUCAGCCUCUACAUUUCUCCCUCCGAGAUCCCGACCGAUGAAUUGAAAGCCAUCAUUGACCGGAGCUAUUCCACCUUCCGCGCCGAGGACAUCACUCCAUUGGCCCACCUCCAGGACGAUAAUCUCUACAUUCUUGAGCUCUUCCACGGACCCAGCUAUUCUUUCAAAGAUUGUGCCUUACAAUUCUUGGGCAAUCUUUUCGAAUACUUCCUAGUACGGAAGAACAAAGGCAAAGAGGCAAAAGACAAGCACCAUUUGACAGUCAUUGGUGCCACUAGUGGUGACACUGGUUCCGCCGCAAUCUACGGUCUCCGGGGCAAGAAGGAUGUCACUGUCACUAUUUUGCACCCUAAGGGCCGUAUCAGCCCUAUCCAAGAAGUGCAGAUGACCACCUGCACGGAAGCAAAUGUUCACAAUCUGGCUGUCAAGGGAACUUUUGACGAUUGCCAGGAUAUUGUCAAGGCGCUUUUUGGUGAUGCCGAUACGAACCAGAGCGUGAAGCUGGGUGCUGUGAACUCCAUCAACUUUGCCAGAAUCCUCGCCCAGAUUGCCUUCUACUUCUAUGCCUAUUUCUCCCUGGUGAGAAAGUCACCUUCGUUUAACCUUGGAGAUAAGGUUCGAUUUGUGACUCCUACUGGCAAUUUCGGCAACAUCCUUGCCGGUUACUUUGCGCAUAAGAUGGGUCUUCCCGUUGAUAAGCUGGUCGUUGCCACCAAUGAAAAUGAUAUCCUCCAUCGGUUCUGGACUACCGGCCGUUACGAGAAGCACCCUGCUGAGGAGAGCCAGGCUGCUGGCAAGCCUGACGCCUGUAAGGAGACUUAUAGCCCUGCUAUGGAUAUCUUGGUUUCCAGUAACUUCGAGAGACUUUUGUGGUUCCUGGCUAAAGAGAAUGCUCUGGCCAAUGGUCUGGAUAGCCGCGCUAGCAAAAAGCAGGCUAGUGAGAACAUCGUGGCCUGGUAUCAGUCAUUGAAGUCAUCAGGCGGUUUCGGACCGAUCAACCAGGAUAUGCUGGCCAAUGGCCGACAGAUCUUCGAGAGUGACCGCGUGAGUGACCCGGAGACCGCGGCCACUAUCAAGUCGUGCUAUCAAGAGACUAAGUAUGUCCUUGAUCCUCACUCUGCCGUCGGAAUCACCGUCGCCAAGCGAUCACUUGCCCGCACCAACGGCGCCGCCCAUCACAUCUCGCUUUCCACGGCUCACCCGGCGAAGUUCUCUGACGUGGUCACCUCGGCCUUGAAGGAUGAGGCUGGCUUUGAUUUCGACACCCAGGUUCUUCCCGAUGAGCUCAAAGCCCUUUUGCAAAAGGAGUCUCGCGUCAACACCGUGGAAAACUCAUGGGAGGCAGUCCGCGACAUCCUCAAAAGCCAGGUGGCAGAAGAUGUGAAGGCUGAUAUCUAG